AUGGUGUUGUGGCCCCAGGAGCUGUGGUGGCCCAGAAGAGCCGGAGCCUUCCCGGCCACGUUUUCCUCCGUGCGAGGCGCCGCGGUGAGCAAACUGGUUCGGGCGGUGGAGUGGGCGCCCCGGGCAGGCGGAGUCCCGCCCUUCGCGCCCGGCUCUCCUCGCCGUCGCCGAGCCUCCCCGGGGCCCGCCCCCGGCCCUCCUGCCCCCACCCCACCUGUCUCCCCUCACCCUAAUACGCCUCUCCCCCACCGUCCGUCUCCCCCCACCCUGGUACGUCUCUCCCCGCCCCAGCCCACCUCCCCCCGACUCACUCUGCGGCCUCCCCCACCCCCGUGGCCCGUCUCCCCGCCCACCCUAGCCGGCCUCUUCUCCCCAGGCUGUCUCCUCCCCACACCCGCCCCCGGCCCGCCUCCACCACCCCACCCCCACCCCCACCCCACCGCACCCUCCCUUACUCCCCCCACGCCUUCCACCCCCCCAGCCCGACGCCCCCCUCCACUGUGCGCUCUGCCUGUGCGGAGCGCGCUGGAGGGAGGGCCGUGGCGCGGCGGUGGCACCCAGAGACUCAGGGUGCGGGAAGGGCCCGGGAGGAGCCCGCCGCUGCCCCGGGCAGCACAGGGUCCCACCAGCUGCCGUUCUACCAGGGGAGGCAGAACUGCGUCUCAUCCACGAAAGUAG